ACGCUGCAUAUUACCCUGUUAAAACUACAGACGACUCCCACACGACGUUGAUUAAUAACGUGACCAUAUAGAGUGCGAGGACUACGUAAUUGAGACUUAUAAGCAGGGGGCUGAUUCUUUUUCCUCUGAGCAUUACAGAAUUCCUCUGGAGAUAUAUUUGGUUUGGUGGUGUAUACAAGAUAUGACUUUUUGUCUGUACCCUUUCAUCACUUGCAGGAUCUACAAAAGGAUAGGUUUGAUUCUCUGAUACGGUCAUCUAUGGGGAGAGACGAUAGAGCAAGUGUACUAUGGAAGAAUAUCAAUAUCAUCAAGAGAGCCAAGAGCAAGAAUGCUAACUCCAAUUUCAGUUCUAAAAAUAACAGGAAAGUAACUCCUCAAAACUUGGGUCCACCAGAACCUCCUCAAAGGGACUAUAGAACAGAUGGUUAUCCUCAAGGAGAAGUCGGUGUUGAAGAAGAAACAUAUGAAGUAUUCCACGAAGAUGAAAGUGCUGGAAACAUAGAGGAAGAUUUUGAAUCAGGUGAGAAGUUAUUCUUACGUAGUGUGAAAACUGCGCUUACAAUAUACAGCAGUUCGCAUGAAACUACACACAGACUACUCUCAUUUAUACUUUACACCAAAUAUUUCUGUAACCUAUAG